AUGUCGAAGCAGCAGGAAGACGUCGUGAUUACCGCUGUGGCGGGUUCGGAGGUCCUCAGCGACUCCAAAGAAGAACUUCCGUUGACCUCUGAGAAAGCAAACGCUCACCCGGCCCAGGAUAGAGGUUUUCUUGCCUGGUUCGACAAGAAUGAUGGACCAGUGGAGCGCCGCUUGGUCCUGAAGCUUGACUUUACCAUUCUCUCGUUUGCCUGCAUGGGUUUCUGGGUCAUGUACAUUGAUCGCGGCAUCCUCGCCAAUGCUUAUGUUAGCGGGAUGAGAGAAGACCUCAAACUACUCCGGAACGAAUACGUCCAGCUGCAGUCUGUGUUCACUGUGGGAUAUGCAGUUUCCAUGAUUCCAUCGACGCUGCUCGUAACCAAGAUCCCCGCUCAUAUCGUGCUCCCGACCUCAACCUUCCUCUGGGGCCUUUUCACAAUGCUUUGUUUCUGGGCCAAAAGUUUCGGUCAGUUGGCGGCGUACCGACUCAUCAUCGGUCUCUGCGAAGGACCCUUUUUCUGUUCGAUUCAUUAUGUCCUUGGGAGUUGGUACCGACCAGACGAGAUUGUGCGUCGAGCUGGUAUUUUCUACAUGUCAUCUGGCGUCGGAACCGUGUCGACGGGUGUUCUCGCUGCGCGAAUCUAUCGCAAUCUCGACGGCAGCCUUGGACACGCGGGAUGGAGGUGGAUGUUCCUGAUCGGAUCCCUGUGCACCUUUCCCAUCGCCCUCUGGGGGGCAACUUUCUUCCCGGGUGCGCUUAGGACCUCGAAGAGAUGGUUCCUUACCGAGGAAGAGCACGCUCUUGCGCUGGAGAGAAUGCGCUUGGUGGGUCGCAAGUCCCCGCAAGGCUUGCCGUUUUCUUUCUCAUCGGUCAAGAGGUUCUUUGGUCGAUGGCAUUUCUGGGUUCUCGUGCCUUGGAACAUCAUCUGGAUUCUCGGCAUGGGCUGGUGGCAACAACACAUUCUGUGGCUCAGAGCGCAGCCGCAGUACGACACCUUCCAGGUGAACAACUAUACAGCCAUCAGCCCAAGUUUGGGCGUCGUCUUCAUCUUUACCUUUUCGUGGGUGGUCGACAAAUGGGGUGAUCGGGCCAAGAUCCCUUUGUUCGGCUUCGUCACGUUCAUGACAUUCAUCGCUGCCUUGGGCUUUGUCCUGUACGACCAGUCAUCGUUCGCCUGGAAAUGGUUUGCCGUGGCCAUUGGUUAUAUGCUUGUAUCUCUGUCACCAGUCAUAUAUUCGCAUGCCAACCUGGUGUGCGCAGGUGAUGCAGAAGAGCGAGCCUUUAUCAUCAGCUCCAUGCUCGCCACUGGGACGGCCUUCAACUCUUGGGUUCCAAUUCUCGCCUGGCCAACCGUGGAGGCACCCAGAUUCCACAAAGGGUACAUCUUGACCAUCACCUUGCAGCCAAUUUACUUCCUGUUCAGUGUCUUUGUCUUCAUCUUCUCUCGAAGGAUGAUGAGAAAGGAGAAGGCUCUCAGGGAGGCGGCUGAGGCACAGCAGCCGGUGGCAUGA